AGCCCUUUGGUUCAACAGUCUAGCUGUCAGUCCAACGGCAGGAGGGAUGCGCAUCGAGUCUGCCGGGUGUCAAACCUUUCCUGUGAAGGUGCUGUUGGGCCGCCUGGAAGCUGCGGGCGCGGCCCCGUGGAGCAGUUUCCUGCCGGACCACUUGCGGCCCAAGGGCGUCAGCGCGGAGAUCUUCAAGGAGAAGAAGCUCGUGGCCAAGGUGAAGCCCAAAGCCGACUACACACCGGUUGGCAUUUCCGUGGUCGGCCGUGUGUGGGAGUACUCGCAGGACUCCGUGGGCUGCCGGGAGGUUCAGGAUGCCAUGGACAAGUGUGACGAAGCUACGCUGGUGCGGAUGGCGACAGAGCUAAAGGAUCACGUGUGGGAUGCUGCGUGCUGCCCUCACGCCAACCACGUGCUUCAGAAAUGCAUCCUGGCUCUCCGGCCGGGCAAGCUGCAGUUCAUCAUCGACGUCUUUGUUCAUCAGCGUUUAGUGGUGCAGGCAGCUAGGCACAAGUACGGCUGCCGCAUCAUUCAGCGCUUGAUUGAGCGGUGCCCGAGUGAACAGAUCGAGGGGCUCCUGCGCUGCUUGAUGAAAGAGGCUCCGUUGGUGUCAUGCCACGCCUACGGCAACUAUGUGAUGCAGCACGUCCUUCAGCAUAGCUCGCUGCAAGGGGAGUUGUGCCAGGCUUUGGAGGAGCAUCUUGCCACGCUGAGCGCCGACCAGUACGGCGCCGCCGUGGUGAGCUGCGCCAUGACCAGCGCUGCGCGGCCCUGCCGCUCUGCGCUGGCGCGGUCCAUCCUCCGGGAUCCGGCAGUAUUGACUCGCCUGGCCUGCAGCAGACAUGGACAUCCUGCUGCUCGUGAGGUACUGGAGGUCCUCGAGGGCGGAGACAGGACUGAGGCUUUGCGAAUCCUCCACGCAAAUCAGGGCAAGCUGUUGCGGUCUCGAUAUGGACGCAUUGUGGCCGGGAUUCACUGAGCCACUGCGCGCAUGAUUUGCGAAUUCAGCCCAAUGGCAACAACAUUUAUGGAGUGCUCCAGCCGUGUGGCGCAAGCAAGAAGCCACUGGUCUGUCGU